AUGAGAGAAGUCCAGUCAACUCAUCCCAUGCCCAUCCGUGAUGAAUUUCUCAGCGUUGAGAAGAUCACAUCCGAACAAUUGGAGAAACUUGAUAUCGGGCAGGGCAGUCACCGCCAACCGCUCACCCUGAGCGACACCAUUGCUUAUCGCAUGGUGAAAAUGCUUCGAGUCUUACCAGACACCUACUUUGGCCGUGAUCAUUAUAUGCGAGCUGUCAUGCUGGAAACAAUUGCUGCAGUGCCUGGUAUGGUGGGUGGCAUGCUUCGUCACAUGCAGUCGCUACGUAAUAUGUCCGAGGACAAAGGCUGGAUCAUCCACUUGUUGCAUGAAGCUGAAAACGAACGAAUGCAUUUGAUGACCUGGAUGAAGUGCCUUCAGCCAACGCUUUGGAACCGCUUGCUGGUUUUGGGCGCUCAAGGUGUCUUUUUCAACGCCUACUUCUGGUUGUAUGUCUUCUCACCCAAAACGGCCCAUCGUAUGUGCGGUUAUCUUGAAGAAGAAGCCGUCAUCUCCUACACUCAUUUCCUGGAGGAUCUGGACGCAGGCUUAAUCAGCAACGGUCCAGCCCCGCCUUUAGCUAUCGAAUAUUACAAUUUACAUCCUCAUGCCACUAUCCGUGACGUUAUUUUGGCUAUUCGUGCCGAUGAAGCUCUGCACCGUGAUGCCAACCAUCACUUUUCAGAUCGUAUUGCUGCUGGACGCGAAGACUUGACAGCUGAUAUUCGAGCGCGACUUCAUCAAGAUGAAAUUGCCAAGACCAAGCACGUCUCUCAGUUAUCUCACUAA